UAUUGUAAUACUGUUGCCAUUUUUCAGUUUUGAAUGUGUGGAGGCGACAUGGGGCAAAAAAGGAUUUUUGCCGAGACCACGUAGCCGGAUAGAAAUAAAGAACCGCGUGGAUGUGAUCCAAAAACCGCUGCAAACAACGAAAAAGCACCGCUGCUGUUCGCGUGUAUUCAGCAUAAACUGAAGAAUGGAUGAUGACACACAAGAUGAGGCAUUUGCUGAUCUGAAGUCCAGGCCCCUUGGAGGAUGGGGUGUUGCUCAGAUAGGCGUUGGCACUGGGCUUGCUGUAUAUGGCAUGUGGGUGGGAAUUCUCCAGCCCGGCUUCCGAAAAGUCCCCUUGAGGCUACAGGUCCCCUACAUUCCUGCCAGCAGAGCCCAAGUACAAAAUGUAAUGACAUUGUUAAGGGGUAGAAAGGGAGACCUUGUGGAUUUAGGAUCUGGUGAUGGUCGUAUUGUCUUGGAGGCCCAUCAGUAUGGUUUCAGUCCUGCUGUUGGUUAUGAGCUCAACCCCUGGCUUGUUCGCCUGGCCCGAUUUCAUGCGUGGAGAGCAGGGCAUCAUGGAAAGGUGUCGUACCGACGGGAAGACCUCUGGAAGGUGGACCUGACAAAAUGCAAGAAUGUCACAGUGUUUUUGGCUCCUAGUGUGCUUUCAUUGUUGCAGGAGAAGUUGCAGACCGAGCUGCCUGAUGAUGCUUUAGUGGUGGCAGGUCGUUUUCCCUUCCCUGACUGGAAACCUUGCAGAAUUGAGGGACAUGGUGUGGACAGAGCUUGGGCAUAUAGCGUGCAAGCACAAAGACAGCACACUGUCAACAAAAAUGAUGACCUCACAGCCACAUAGUGUGACUUUGACAAUGAACUAACUAAUAAGAAAGGAUCCACUUAAAGCUAUAUGGAUGGUCCUAGUUUUUGCCCUGGUAGAAUGGAAGUAUGGACUUAAUUUGCUGCUUCAAUGAUAUAAACACAUUCACUGAACUGUGACGGAUGUUCAACCUGAUUAUAACCUGAUUAGAUGUUUUUUUUUUUUUGUUUGUUUGUUUGUUUGUUUUAACUACAUCUACAACAUAUGCCGCUCUUACUUUCUGCUCCUCUGUGGACUGUGUUCACAAACAUUCAGAGAAUUCCAUCAGAGUGCUUCUAAUCCUGCCUAAAAAUGGGAAAAUUAGGAGUAAAUCAGGAAAAUUCUGUGUGAAACUCAGAGCGAGGAAGUAUUGAUCACCUUACCAUAUCUGGCAUUUCAUUUUAAAAGGUGUGAUCAAGAAAAAGAAAGCAGAAAAUGCUUUCAGAGUGAGGAUGGGCAUGUAGCAGACAAUGAAAUCAAUAUACUUAAUAAGAAGAGAAGAAGAAGAAGAAGAAACAGCCUUUAUUGUCCCACAGAGGGGAAAUUUGGGUGUAACAGCAGCCGCAGUUAUUAU